AGGCGCGCCGCCCCGCCCGCGGCGCUUGCAGGGCGCAGCCUCGCCCGUGCCGCGCCGGGAGCCGCGGCGUCGGGCGCGGCAGCAGCGCCUCGCGGCGGAGCGGGGGCUCUGGCCGCAGUCGCGGUGCCCCUGGCGGCCCUGCUCGGGAGCAGGCGUCGGGGUCGCCGCGCGCGGGCAUCCGCGUCCCGUGGCGGGCUGGUGGUGCGCAGGCAGGAGCCCCCAAAGGACCGCGAGGCGCCGACGGCCGAGAACAGGCCUCGGAACCCCCUGAAGGAGUGGCGCGAUGCGGGGUACCCGCUCUACGACAAGGACAACAAGGGGUCGAAGGCCGCCUGGAGGCUGCCGAAGGAGCUGAAGGGCUCGAAGGAGGACUGGAUGUUCGGUCUGCGCGAGGCGCUGGGCGGCAAGGAGGGCCAGCUGCUGGACGAGGCGAAGGAGCUGCGCAUAAGGAUGAGGGAGGCCGAGCUCCGCCAGGCCGAGAUCGAAGAGAAGCUGAACAGCGCUGAGGCGAAGGAGAGCGACCUCCGUGCUCAGCUCCUGGAGGAACAGUUCAAGGCGAGGGAGGCGCUUGCGACCUACGAGAUGCUGACCCAGCAGGUGGAGGAGGCCCAGAUCGAGCGGGACCUGGCGAACGACAAGGCGGCGGGCGCCUCCGACCUGGAGAGGCAGCUCGAGGA